AUGGACGACGCCGCCGAGAUCGAGGCCAUGAAGGCGCGCGUCGCCGAGAUGGAGGCCGAGGCCGCCAAGCUGCGCGACAUGCAGGCCGACGCCGAGCGCGAGGCCGGCGGCGCGCCGGGCGCCGCGGCGCCGGGGCCGAGCGAGGAGGAGAAGGAGGAGGUCGACGGGCGCAGCGUGUACGUGGGCAACGUGGACUACGGCGCGACGCCCGAGGAGAUCCAGCAGCACUUCCAGUCGUGCGGCACGAUCAACCGCGUCACGAUCCUGUGCGACAAGUUCACGGGCCAUCCGAAGGGCUACGCAUACGUCGAGUUCUCCGAGCCGUCACUUGUCGCCAACGCCAUGGUGAUGAACGAGUCGCUCUUCCGCGGACGGUUGAUCAAGGUCACGGCUAAGCGCACGAAUGUGCCCGGCCUGUCGGCGCGUGGCCGGGGGCGGGGGCGGGGCAGAGGCGGCCCGCGCGGGCGGCCGUUCCGCGCACGGGGACGCGGACGAGGCUGGCACUAG